GGGCAGCUCCCACACCCUCCGCAGAGCUGCUGCCUACAUGCAGGCCCGGACACAGCCCCUAGCCCAGGCCCUACCUUUCUCCCUCAGAGGGGCCCUGCCAGACGCUGGGCUCCGGGCGCCUGUUGUAAAGAUGGGCUCCAGGUGGGAGGGCCUGCAGCGCACCCUGAGGGAGGUCCUCUACUUCCUCCUCUGCUGCUGGUGUGUCAAGGAGCUGCUGGAUUAAUGGCAGCAGGAAACUGGCCUCGUGCAGUGCCCAGCUCUACCCCCACCGAGACUCCCGGGCCGGCUGCAUUGACCAAGGAUGGGCCACAAACAAGGAGUGAAGAGCGGAUCCCGCUUUGGGUCGGUGCCGUCUGUCUCAGACCUGCCUCAUCUCUGGGCCUCCAUUUCCAGCCCCCACCUCUGGUGGAGCCCUGGUGCGCGGGACCUUGGCCUGCUGGCUAGGACCCUAACAAGCCUGCAGCAGGACCUGGCACUUCUCCAAGCCUGGCACAGCGAGCCCACCAGCCCAGAUGGUUGAUCUUGCCGUAUCCUCUUAGUGCCAGGAAGGGGCUGCCCGCUAAUAUCUCUGUUUGAGAAUCCCUGCGCUAUAGAUAUAAUAAAUAGGCCUUGUGGCUAAAAGUU